AUCACACACAUUCAAAAAUCAAUCUUCUAGUAAUUUCAUAAUCUUAAGAAAAAUCCAUUUUCUUCAUUCUCUGCAAAAAUGUCAGGUCGUGGAAAAGGAGGAAAGGGAUUGGGAAAGGGAGGAGCAAAGAGGCACAGAAAGGUUCUUCGCGACAACAUCCAAGGCAUAACCAAGCCUGCGAUUCGUCGUCUUGCAAGGCGUGGUGGUGUGAAGAGAAUCAGCGGUCUCAUCUACGAAGAGACUCGCGGUGUUCUCAAGAUCUUUCUUGAGAAUGUGAUUCGUGAUGCUGUUACUUACACUGAGCAUGCUAGGAGGAAAACUGUUACCGCCAUGGAUGUUGUGUAUGCUCUCAAGAGGCAGGGAAGGACUCUCUACGGUUUCGGUGGUUAAAUUUAGGGUUUAGUUUGUUCUGGUCGAUUUAGUUCUAAAUCUGGUUAAUAUAAAUUUAGUAGUCUUAGAUCUGGUUGAAUGCUUAGUCCUGUGGUUCUAGUAUUUGGACUUGUAUCUUAAUUCUUAACGAUGAAUGAAUGAAUUUUGUCUUUGCUGAAAUUA